AUGGAGAUCAUCUUCAUUCAUGAGAAGGGUGUUAAGAUUCAAGCAGGUAUUAAGAGUCAUCUGAUACAUAUUUUUGAUGGACAGCUGCAAGAAGAUGUUGUUGUGAUUCUGUCAAAAUUUGGUGUUGGUGAGAAUAAAGAUUUAUAUAAAGUAGUAGUGCAGCCUUAUAAAAUCAACUUUUAUAGAUGCACGACUGUUACUCCUGUGAGAGAUUGGCAAGGUGUUAAGUAUGGUUUCAAUUUCAGAGCUUAUGAAGAUAUUCUUCAAGGAGAGGCGUUAAAUGCUUUGAGUGUUGAUGUUGUUGGAUCUGUGAUUUGUUGUGGAGAUCUUGAAAUCUUUGAUCGACCUCCAAAGGAGACUAAGAAGAUGAAUUUCGAGAUUGAAGAUUUAGAGGGUAAGGUUUUGCGGUGUACUGUGUGGAAUGAUUAUGCUCUGCACAUUAAGGACUUCAUUUCUAAAAUACCACCUCAUGAGAAUGUGAUGGUUGUUAUACAGCAUAGAAAGUGUAAGGAAUGGAAAGGUGAAUAUACUGUUCAAAGUGAUAAGUUUGCAACACGAAUUUUUCUGAAUGAAGAAAUUGAUGAAGUUGAUGAGCUAAGGAGGAGGUAA